AAAAUGGUGAAUAGACAGCUAACUCAAGUAAAUAACUAAUAAAUUACUCUCCAGUCUAAUCAUCUGGGACAUAAGCGUAGAAGAUCAGAUGAGUCUGACGUGGAAAUGAACAACACUGGUUUCCAGUCUGCAAGAUCAUCCCCAAUUCCAUCCAGUUUACCCCCUUCCUCACCACCUGGCGAUCCUUUUAGUGACGUUGACGAUGAAGACGUUGACGACCUCCUCGGCGAGCCAGACGACGGUGAAGAUCUCUUUGGUGAUAACUUAACCGCUGAUUAUAAUGAAAAUAACAACUUGGAUUACUACGACGAAGACCAAAUCGAUGAUCAGGACUUUGACGACUUAGAUCCAGCUUCGCGUAGAGCAGUCGAAGCGAAACUCGCUAGACGUGACAGAAAGGAAGCUGGUUUAUCUGGCAAGGAUGGUAGUAGAAGAUCUAGAAUGCCUGCCUUUAUGCAAUCAGACGAUGAAGAUGACCCUGAUAACAGAUUACUCAUACAAAGAAGAAGACGCAGACAUUACGAUGAAAGGCCAGACGUUGACGAUCUCGAUGGCGACGAAGACGAAAUUCCACUAGAAAACUUGGGCGAUAUCAAGGCUGCUUCACUUAACGAAUGGUUAAACGCUGAUAACGUUAGAAGAAGUGUAGCAAAGUACUUCAAAAACUUUAUUAUGACAUUCACAGAUGAACAGGGUUCUUCUGUUUACGGUCAACGUAUUAAAACACUCGGUGAACAGAACUCUGAAUCCCUCGAAAUCUCAUACCUUCAUUUACUCGAAAAUAAACCAAUCUUAGCAUCAUUUUUGGUGAACGCUCCACAUGAGACACUCAAAAUCUUAGAUGAUGUCGCCUUAGACGCUAUCCUUCUCUAUUAUCCAGAUUACGAACGUAUACACUCAGAAAUUCACGUGAGAGUUACAGACCUUCCAACUGCAAAGACCUUACGUGAUUUACGUCAAGGUGACCUUAACCAAUUGGUUCGUGUAUCGGGUGUCGUUACAAGAAGAUCAGGUGUUUUCCCACAACUCAAAUACGUCCGUUUCAACUGUCAGAAAUGUAGCACCACCCUUGGUCCGUUCUAUCAAGAUGGAUCAAAGGAGAUUAAAAUCUCAUUCUGUUCAAAUUGUCAAUCUAAAGGACCAUUCGAGGUUAAUAGUGAACAGACUGUUUACCGUAAUUACCAAAAGAUGACAUUACAAGAGUCUCCUGGAUCUGUUCCAGCUGGUAGAUUACCAAGACAUAGAGAGGUUAUCUUACUCUGGGAUUUAAUUGACAACGCCAAACCAGGUGAAGAAGUUGAAGUCACAGGUGUUUACAGAAACAAUUUCGACGCUUCAUUGAAUACUAAGAAUGGUUUCCCAGUAUUCUCAACUAUAAUUGAAGCCAACUACAUCAAUAAAAAGGAAGAUGAAUUUGCAGCUUUCAGAUUAACAGAGGAAGAUGAACGUGAGAUUAGAAAGCUUUCACGUGAUGAUAGAAUUCGCAAGCGUAUUAUCAAGUCAAUAGCACCAUCUAUUUACGGACAUGAUGAUAUCAAGACCGCAGUGGCCUUGAGUUUAUUCGGUGGUGUUUCCAAAGAUAUCAACCGCAAGCACCGUAUUAGAGGUGAUAUCAACGUAUUGUUACUGGGUGAUCCAGGUACUGCCAAGUCGCAAUUCCUUAAAUAUGUCGAAAAGACAGCCCACAGAGCUGUUUUCACUACUGGUCAAGGUGCUUCUGCUGUCGGUUUAACUGCAAGUGUUCGUAAAGAUCCAAUCACCCGUGAAUGGACAUUGGAAGGUGGUGCUUUAGUACUUGCUGAUAAAGGAACAUGCUUAAUUGAUGAAUUUGACAAAAUGAACGAUGCAGAUAGAACGUCUAUCCACGAAGCGAUGGAACAACAGUCAAUUUCUAUCUCUAAAGCAGGUAUUGUUACUACAUUACAAGCUAGAUGCGCUAUAAUUGCAGCAGCCAAUCCAAUCAGAGGAAGAUAUAAUCCAACAAUACCCUUCGCUGCUAAUGUUGAGUUAACUGAACCAAUUUUAUCAAGAUUUGACGUAUUGUGCGUUGUAAAAGACACAGUUGACCCAAUCAUCGAUGAAAUGUUAGCUAAAUUCGUCGUUGGAUCUCAUUUAAGAUCCCAUCCAGAUUUCGAUUCUGAAGUAGACGAGAACGAUGUCGGUACAGCGGUUGAUGCUGAAAUUAUUCAACAAGAUUUGCUCAAGAAGUAUAUCAUGUUCGCAAGAGAACGUUGUAAGCCAAAAUUACAUCAAUUAGAUCAAGAUAAGCUCUCGAGGUUAUAUGCCGAUUUACGCAGGGAAAGUUUAGCAACUGGUUCUUUCCCGAUUACAGUCCGUCAUCUUGAAUCUAUGAUUAGAAUGUCUGAAGCGGCAGCUAAGAUGUCCUUACGUGAGUAUGUUCGUGGUGAUGAUAUUGAUCUUGCUAUUCAAGUCACGGUUGGAAGCUUCGUCAAUGCUCAAAAGACGUCUAUCAAGAAGACCCUCGAGAGAGGCCUACGGAAAUAUGUUCACCAAGCUAAAGAUUCAGAGGAAUUGCUCGCCUUCAUUCUUGGUCAGAUCGUCAAAGAGCGUGUACGCAGACAUCGUGCAAUGCAUUUCGAUGACCCAGAGACCGUGCAGAUUCCAAUAAAUGAGCUUGAGAAUCGAGCAAAUGACGUUGAAGUCUAUGAUAUUCAACCCUUCCUCUCGUCCAAGUUGUUCCUCACGAACGGUUACAAAUAUGAAGACAACGCGAUCAAAAAGAUAUUCAAAACCCGUCGUGAUGACGAGUAAUACCAUCCUAGCACGCUUUAGCGGCAACAUCUCUGUAACAUUGUAUAAACUAUUACCAAUCUUAUUCGCAUUCCUAAU